GCUGUUGUAGAGCGUUCGAAGCCGCUGUGGAGUUGGUUCUGUACUGUGGGCCGUAGUUGCAAUUGUUAAAAGUUUCUGGUUUCCGUGUGCAGGCUUAGUGGCACCACAUUUCGACAUAAAGGAGGAUAUUUCGCUACAUUGCUGUUGUCGGCGGAAAGGACAGAAGAUAUUAUGUAUUCCCAAGCCCCACCUCAGCCGCCCAAAGCUGAUGUCGGAUACUUACAGGGUCUUUUCAGGAAUGUCGACAAAGAUAGAAGUGGAAGUAUAAGUGCAACGGAACUCCAGAGUGCCCUGUCAAAUGGAACUUGGAAGCCGUUCAACCCAGAAACAGUGCGAAUGAUGAUAGACAUGUUUCGUUCACCAGGCAUGUUUGACCGCAGCCGAACUGGUACAGUCAACUUCGACGAAUUUGUUUCUCUCUGGAAUUACAUUACCAACUGGCUCAACUGCUUCCAGAGCUUUGACAAAGACCGUUCUGGCUCCAUAGACCAGGGUGAACUCGCUCAGGCUCUCACCGGCUUUGGGUAUCGUCUCAGUGAGCCAAUCAUGAGUAUGCUGCUUGUUAAGUUUGACAGGGAUGGAAAAGGCUCGAUCAACUUUGAUGACUUCAUUCAGUGCUGUGUGACUUUACAGACUUUGACAGCGGCCUUCCGGCAUUACGACACCGACCAAGAUGGGUGGAUCACCAUCGGUUAUGAAGAUUUCCUCAAGCUUGUAUUCAGCCUGCGGAUGUGAUAAUUGAUUGCAUUCUACUAAUACAAGAGUAGACAAUGCUGCAUUCAUUCCACCGCUCCUUUUAUGGACGCUAUUUGUUCUACAACAGGACCUGCCCACAUGCUGUGCAGGCAUUUGUAUGGGAUUGGUGACCUGAUUCAUUUUAAAGAGUAUAUCUGGAUGUUUGCUUAAGAUAUCAACAAGAGAUUGCUGUCUAAUUUUUCCAGUUUUCAACCAACAAUAAAUUGCUCUGUGUGCUAUA